AUGGCUUUAGGCACGGGCUUCACUUUCGUCGGUGUCGACGGGGUGGUCGACGUGGUAGGCAGAUUCGCCGGCGAGAAGACCCUGCAUGGGAGGGCGAUGAUGAUUACUCCCGAGCAGGAGGGAGUGAUUGACGUGAGGGACGAUGAGGAAGGGGUAUGGGGAGGCGUGAUAUUCGGGGGGAUACAGGAGAGGAUGAGGCCUGCCGGGCUGAUCAUCUAA